AUGGCGAAGGAUGAUACUGUAGUUACGAUUAAAUCGGAACAGGAGACAUUACUUGAAGGAGCGAGUCGUAUAGUUCAGUCAUUAUCGUUUGAGAUGAAACGCUGUCUAGAUAAAGGCGUUUUAAUGGAUGCUUUAAAACAUGCAUCACAAAUGCUUGCUGAGUUGCGUACGGGUGCACUCACGCCGAAGUAUUACUAUAGGCUCUAUGUGGAUGUUACUAAUGAGCUACAACAUUUGGAAGCACAUCUUACUGAAGAUUAUGAAAAAGGAAGGAAGGUCGUUGAUUUAUAUGAACUUGUUCAGUAUGCUAGUAGUGUUAUUCCUCGUUUAUAUUUGUUGGUAACCGUUGGUGUUGUAUACAUAAAGCUGGGAGAGACAAGUGCUCGAGAUAUAUUAAAAGAUUUAGUUGAGAUGUGUCGCGGUGUUCAGCACCCCCUCCGUGGCCUUUUCCUGCGUAAUUACCUGUUGCAGUGCACCAGGAAUCUACUUCCUGAUGUACCAGAUAGUAGUAACGCCGAAAAUGGUGAUAUACGGGACGCUAUUGAUUUUAUAAUGGUCAAUUUUGCGGAAAUGAAUAAAUUAUGGGUUCGUAUGCAACAUCAAGGACCUAGUCGUGAGAGGGAUAAGCGCGAGCGGGAGCGAAGAGAGUUGCGAAUUUUAGUUGGGACCAAUCUUGUUCGACUCUCGCAACUAGAAAAUCUCAACUGCAAUACUUAUUGCAAGAUUGUUCUGCCAGGUAUUCUAGAACAAGCUGUUUCAUGUAAAGAUGCUAUAUCACAAGAAUAUCUUAUGGAAUGUGUUAUCCAAGUUUUUCCAGACGAAUACCACUUGGCUACAUUGCAUGAAUUCCUUCAUGCGUGCUCGGAGCUAGAUCAGGCAGUACAGAUAAAGAAUGUUCUGAUAGCUUUAAUUGAUCGACUUGCCAUUUAUGCUACAUCUGAAGGUGGAAUUCCUAGCGAUUUACCAUUGUUCGAUAUUUUUUCAAAACAAACGGAAUCUGUCAUAAUGAGCAGAGAAGGAAUGUUGCCAGAAGAUAUUGUUUCAUUACAGACUGCUCUCGUUAAUUUUGCCUUAAAAUGUUACCCAGAAAGAACUGAUUAUGCAGAUAUAGUCUUUGCUACCACAGCAGACGUAUGCACCAAAUUGAAGAUGUCGAGAGCUGCAUAUAAUAAAGUUGUAAGCCGUGAGAUAAUGAAGUUUUUACGAAUUCCUGUGGAUCAGUACAAUGAUAUCGACAAGCUAAUCCAAUUAAAACAUUACCGCGAUGUCAUGGAACUAAUGGAUUAUCGUGGUAGAACUCACGCAGCAGCAUAUGUUCUGCAGAAUAUGAUAGAAAAUGAUGCUCUGCUAACCACAGUAGAAGCCGUGGAAAAGUUGUUAGAUUUGAUUGAACCAUUGCUAGUAGACCAAGAAGACCAGCCUGAUGCCAUUGAAACUAAUGAUGAUUUUAUUGAUGAGCAAACACUUGUUGCACGAUUUGUAAAUCUUAUUCGUGCCCCCACCACAAACCAGCAGUUCACGAUAAUUAGUGCAGUGAGAAAGCGAUUCGGUGCUGGCGGACGUCAUCGUAUUCAGUACACAUUACCUGCAAUCACUUUUGCCUUAUAUCAGUUGAUUGUUCGCUAUGCAGCCAAUAGCAAUGAUGAAGAGCGUGAUUCAAAACUGCAAAAACUUUUCGUUUUUUCUAUGCAUACGAUUGAUGCAUUGGUUUCAGCAGCGGAACUUUCGCAAUUGCCGAUACGUCUGUAUUUACAGGGAGUAUUAGUAGCUGAUCAGGUUAAAUUCGAAAAUUCUGUUACUGUUACGUAUGAAUUCUUUUCCAAGGCUUUUUCUAUAUAUGAAGAAGAAAUUGCGGACAGUCGAGAACAGUUUGCUGCCAUGUCUUUACUCAUAGGUACUCUAGAGCGGGUGAAAUGCUUUACGGAGGAAAGUCAUGAACCUUUGCGAACUCAGUGCGCGCAUGCUUCUGCUAAGCUUUUUAAAAAAGCUGACCAGUGCUUAGCAAUUUCUUGUGCUGCUCAUUUGUUCUGGAAUUAUCAGACAGCAGAAAAAAACCUCCCAAUGAAAGACUCUUUGCAGAUCGUGAACUGCUUGAAAAAAGCUUUACGUGUGUCAUCUCAGUGUAUGGAUCCAGUUGUCCAGACUCAACUUUAUGUAACUGUAUUCAACCAUUAUCUUUACUUUUAUGAAGCUGGAUGUGAUCAGGUUUUUUUAUGUUUGCUUAUUCGCAUUACUCAACUAGAAAAAAAGAAAAAUAAUAGUCAUUUUCCACAUCAGAUCACAGUUGAUGUCCUCAAUCAAGUGAUAGGGAAAAUUCGCGAAUUAAUUAUGCACUUGGAACCAUCGAAUGAAGCAGAACAAAUAACGACAUACUUCAAUGUAGUUUUUUCAUUACCUAUUUGA